AUGCCGGAUUUGUCGGGCCUGCAUUCUCUGCAACAUCUCGAUGUUUCGUAUAAUGAGCUCACCGACUUUCCUACAACAUUUUCAAGUCAGUCAAAGCUACAAACGCUGGCUUUGAAUUCAAAUCAUAUCCGUGAUCUACCAACGGAGGCUUUCUGCGAUUCCUUAAAGAGUGUAAAUUUAUCCGAUAAUGAGCUUGUCGAUCUUCCUCACAUGUUUUGUGGUUGUAGCAAACUGAAGGUGCUGGAACUUGCGAAUAAUAGGUGA